AUGAUACUAAUAAAUGAUACAAUUUUUCUUGUCAUUGAUGGUUCACCAUCGACGAGUUUUCUUGAAGCUAUUAAAUCAUUAAAACACAUUGAUUCAGUAUUUUUUUAUUCUUCAUCACCUGAUAUAAUUGACGAUAUUAACAAAGGACAAUAUGCUUAUCUUGUUUAUUUAUGUGAAACUGAAGAAACACUUAUAGAUAGUAUAAGAAAAUCUCGUGAAGAACUUGAUCAACAUAUAGUUGCAUUGAGUAUGUAUAAUAUCAAAGAAAAAGCAACACGGGAUCUUUCAAAAGAAGCUGGUUCAUUUAUAUUUUUUCAAUUAUUUAAAAAUAUAUUAAAACAUAUGCCUACAACAGGUGAAGCUAAAAAAACCAUGAUUACAACAUGCCGAAAUUAUUAUCAUGGAAAUUUAACUGAAUUAGUAAAUAUUGAUGAAUUUGAUCGAACGUAUAAAUCAGCUGAUGCUAUACCAUGGUUUAUAAAAGAUACAUUUAUUAAUAAAUUUAUUAAUAAAGUACUUCGUACAGAAGAUGUUAGUGUUUUAUAUCAAUUUCGUUUUUAUAUUAUGGAUUUAAGUGAACAACUUGAAAUGAAAUUUUUAGAACUUAAAGAAAAACAGAAAGAUGUUCUUCGACUUUAUCGACAUUCACAAUUAAAUCAUGAUGAAGUAGAAAAUUUUCAAAGAAGUAUUGGAAAUUUAAUAUCAACAAAUGAAUAUUUAUUAACAAGUAGUAUACGUUCAGUUGCAUAUGAUUUUGCAACAAAAUCUCCUAAAAGUGAAGGUUUUGAACGAGUUUUAUUUGAAUAUCAAGUUGAUUUAAAUAUUGUUCAAACAAUCGUUAUUGCUGAUGUUCGAGAAUAUUCAACAUUUCCUGAACAAGCUGAAUUUCUAGUUGAUAUUGGAGCAGUUUUUCAAAUUGAUUCAUGUCAGUACAGUGUCGAAGAAGAUUUAUGGCAUAUUCAAGUUCAUGCAACUAAUCAAGGUACUGAUUUUGCUGCUGAAUAUAUGGAAUAUCAAAAGAAAAAAAUGAUUGAAUCAAAUAUAUUUCUCAUGUUUGGUAAUUUACUUCUUGAAAUGGGUGAAUAUGCUAAAGCCGAAAGAUAUUUUGAUACAAUUCUUAAUUCUAUGAAUCCAAAUGAUGAAGAAAUUGCUUGUAUAUUUUUCAAUUUUGGUCGUACACAUCAAUUAAAAGGUGACUUUAAUCGUGCAAUAAAUUGUUAUCAUCGUGCAUAUAAUUUACAUAUGGAUGCUCGACCAAAACGUUUAGCAAGUGCAGGAAAAGCUUUGAAUGGUCUUGGAAUUGUUUAUAGUGAACAAGGACGACAAUUAAAAGCAGAAGAAUGUUUUCAACGAGCUAUGAAAUUAUAUAAAAAAAGUAUUCCAAAAAAACAUGUUGAUGUUGCUGGAACAUUAAUUAAUUUAGGUACUAUUGAUUGUGAUCGACAACACUAUGAUGAAGCAGUAGUUAAAUAUCGUAAAGCAAAAAAAAUUUAUGAUAAUUCUCUUCCACCUGAUCAUCCAAAUCAUGCAGUACCAAGAGUUAAUUUAGGUAACGUUUAUUUAGCUGCUAAAGAUUACUCAAAAGCUUGUGAAGAAUAUGAAAUUGCAUUGAAAUUACAACAACAAUCAUUACCAAGCGAUCAUCCAAAUAUAGCUCGUACAUUGCAUAAUCUUGCAAUUGUUCAAACACAUCUAGGAAAUAUUGAACAAGCAAAACAAUAUUUAGAACGAGCAGAAGAAAUAGCUAAUCAUGUAUUAUCGUCAAAACAUCCAGUUGUGUCUUCAAUUCGAAAAACAAAAGCUCUAAUGGCAGAAGAAAGUUGA